GAGGCCACAGACGAGCUCUCCCUCAUGGGCUCCUUCUCCUUUGUGAGGAGCCUCCCGCAGAGGGAUGAGCUGCUGGGGGCAGCCCUCAACUUCCUCACAGAGGGCCGUAUUUUGACUGCUCUGAAUCAAUUCAAAGAAGGGUUGGAGACCUUCGGGAUUCAAGCCCUUUUGAGGUUCCACCCUGAGGAGCUCAAGGGGGUCUUCAUGGACACACCUGAGCCGCUGCUGGCCUCCCGGUUGGAGUCCACAUUCAGCACGUCUUACCUGUCUGAGCCGGGCUCCAAUCGGAGGAGGAAGGAGGCCAGGACCCUUGUAUAUUGGAGGGACUGGCUGAUCGAGGUGGAGGAUGGAGAUACGAGUCUCACCCUGGGGGCGGUUUUGGCAUUUGCCACAGGCCUUCAAAGAAUUCCUGCCGUGGGUUUUCCCAUCGGACCCCGGCUUGAAUUCCUCCAUGAGGAAGAUGGACCGGCCCUUUUCCCCACGGCCAAUACGUGUUCCCUGGUCCUCAGGCUACCGGUUUAUCCGGAGUACACUGGAUUUAAGGAGGCCAUGGAGGAAGGAAUAACCUCCGGUGGGAGUACCUUCGGCGUGGCCUAAUUUGGUGCCCAACCCCGUGGAAGGACGCUUGAAGCGCCCCACACACACACAGGGAAGGACGCUUGGAGUGCCCCCACACACACACACACACACACACACACACAGGGAAGGACGCUUGGAGUGCCCCCACACACACACACAGGGAAGGACGCUUUGAG